AUGGAGCAUUCAGAAGCAGGUCGUCUUGUGGGAAACAUCUAUCAGGCCGCAGAGUUCGCUUUCCCCAUUCAGUCGUUAAGCCUUGAAUCAUCUGCAACCAACUUCAGCCAGUUCUUUUCUAUAGAUACUUCAACAGGCGCCAUUCGUACCAAAAAUACCAGCCCCGAACUCCUAGAUCGUGAACGGAUAUGCCCAGCAAAUUUUGAACAAGUACUCUCCCGUCUUCCAGAAAUACAUUUUCAAGAGUGUCGAAUGUCCCUCCUUCUUUCGCUCAAUAACAAAAUUCUCAUAUCUGUGAAUAUUAUAAUCGACGAUCUAAAUGACAAUGCCCCGGCAUUUUAUGAAAAUAAUGAACUUCUCACCGAUCUUUCAGUUUCUAUCUACGAAGAUGCUUUAGUCAAUAUUACACGCCAAAAAUUACCCAUCGCCUUGGAUGCCGACGGAACCUCAAGUCAGGUUGUAGAAUACAGACUGAUUGGCGAUAAUUUGCCAUUCAGACUAGAACAGCCGGCGUUCCUUUCUGGACAGUUCCAUCCUCAAAUCAUCGUUACUUCUCCGUUGGAUUAUGAACAUACCACACGUUAUUCUUUCUUUCUGCAGACCUGCGAAUCUGAAGAUCUCGCGUUGGACACCGAAUUCAUACCCUCUGCACAAUCAAGCCUGAAGGCACCAAAAUGCUCAUCCACUUAUGUUAGUGUGAACGUGCUAAACGUCAAUGAUAACUCUCCGAGGUUCGAAAACUCCACCUACACAACGAUUGUGAAGGAAACCUCACCCAUAGGAACUACACUCCUUACACUUCAUGCUGUGGAUGGUGACGCCCCGCCCUAUGGCAAUGUAUCCUAUUUUAUCAAAAAACCGGAAAGUUUGCCAUUUUCUGUCGAUGAGGUUACUGGUCGUCUCUUUCUCACAUCUACAGAACUGCAUCGAAAGCAAUACUCAUUUGUAGUGGAAGCCACUGACGGUCAGCUGCAAACACAAAGGUACGACGGGGCGCAGGUUAUGGAACUUAGUAACGUCGACAGCGUGCUUGUCACCGUCUACGUCGUAGACGUCAAUGAUCACGCUCCUAGUAUUGAGGUCCGACAUGCCAGCAAUCAGACGUCAGCGGUCUAUGCCACGUCCUUGGCAGCAAGCGAGGAGGACGUGUUUGUAGUAGAGUUAGCAGAGGAGACUAUUGGGCAGGUGGUCCUUGCUUAUAUCACAAUUCGUGAUGAGGAUGAAGGCGAAAAUGCGGUCUGUUCAUGUCGUCUCACGCCAAAUAGUCCAACUACACUUUUUUCAAAGUUCGGUGUGAGCAGGGUAAACCAACUUUCGCAGCAGGAAUAUGUCUACCGCUUGGCCGCAGUCAGUCCUCUCGAUGCGGAGGAUCCUGUUCUGGCACUCCACUUUCGAAGCCCAGUGCAGGCCGAUAGAUGUCGCGGCACGGCUGGUUUCCUGCCACUUACGAUAGAGUGCAGUGAUGCCGGUGCCGUGCCUCUCACCUCUUACAAGACCAUUUUUAUUGCCCUCCAAGAUCGAAACGAAUUCAGUACGUUAUUUCCCAGGCCUGCACUAACUGAACCCGCUUUUAUCAAUGCGAAUGGGAACCUAGUCUACCGGUUAACGGUCUCUGAAAAUACGCCCACUGGGACGGAGCUUUACACGUUAUCGGCCACCGACAGAGAUGCUUCUCAGUGUAUUGAAUACUCUCUUGACGGAUCUUCCGAGAGUUCGGGAUUUGUGGAAGUUAUUCCUCACAGCGGCACACUUGUAUUGUUGAGGAUGCUGGAUUUUGAGACUCUGCGGAACUUCUCUUUUCGCGUAGUUGCACGCGACAAGAGUCCAGGGCAACAAAAUGGGAAUGUGGCAGUAGCGACAGUGGAAGUCAUUGUGCUCAAUGAUAAUGAUAAUUGGCCUAGGGUUGUCUUCCCAUCCGCUCUUGAUCAGACCACUUGCACGAAGAUAAAAACGCCUCUUUUAGAGAUUGCCCUGGCGAACAUCAAUCAGCCACUUCUUUCUAAUGAAGUUAACUGCUUUAUGGUCGAUGUAAUGGAGGAAAUUAUUGUCGGAACCACCCUAAUAGCCUUGAAUGCAACCGAUGAGGACACCCCUAUGAACGGCAGUUUCUUUUAUACGCUGAUAGAGGCUUUUGCGCCUCAACUGUCCUCUGGACCAUUGCAACAGCGUUACAUAAGGAGUACACGACUGGUGAACCCUCCAGUGAAGGUGGAGGCAGAUGGAGAAAUCCGUUCAUGCGGCCGUCUGGAUAGGGAGGAGAAUAAAUGGAUUGACCUUGUCUUUUCAGUCAGUGAUGGCGGUUCGCCGCCCUUGACUUCCACUGGAAUUUUGCGCAUCACUCUGCGGGACAUCAACGAUAACGCUCCACGUUGGCAAUUUCCCUCAGUUAGUGACUGCCAUAUUUCUAUAAGUCUGACAACCGAAGUGGGUUCCUUCAUAACUAGGGUUCAAGCAUCAGAUGCUGAUGACGAGGAAGGAAACGGUGAGAUAGAAUACGCCAUUGCACUACUACCUUUCGACCUACACUCUCGUGAACUUUCGAGUCGCAUGCGAGAGGAGUUAGGGAACGCUCACUAUGGAUAUGACUUCUUCGAGAUCAAAUCGGACACGGGGGAAAUCUCUACGAAGAAGAUAUUCUCCAAUUCAAGCAUUACUUUCUUCAGAUUGGACCUUAUUGCCACCGACAAAGGAGAGAGGCCACAGUCAUCACAAGCGCAUCUAUUGAUUACGGUUUCAGCCGCAACUCUGACUGACGUUCCCUCAGUUGAGGUUAACUAUGUGCAAAACGAUGAUGUACAGCCGGCCGAUCAGGGUUUUGGCAGCAAGGAGAGCACUACCAAAGAUAAAACUCCCAUCAGUCUGCAGUACGAAUUAACUUCAAAUAGUUUAAUCUACCUGAUCGGUAUCUUCACAGGCGUUUGCACAAUACUUUUAUUUAUCUUCAUCCUAUCAUUUGUUUACUGUAAACGAUGUGGGAGGUCUCGUCGCACUGCGACGCUCCGUACGCCUAAGUGUCCUCAAAGAUUGCAACCGGUCGGCUUGACUCCCUGCACAAGUCCACUGCCAUUGUCAUCGAUUUCCUCUUCGAGUAAGGAUCCGUCACGCAUUUCAAAGGCUUGGAUCCCUUUGGAGGAGGCAGCGUCUUUCCAACUGAAACCAUCGCCACCUGGCCUGACGCGCGAAUCUUCAGCCUCCCUUCUACCCGCGACUGAACCGCCCUUUCCAGUUCUAACAUUACCUAUGUGCUCGGUUCCUCUGUCGCUAGAUUCCGUAGGAAAUAACGACGAAGGUACAUUGCCCGACGUCCUGCUAAACAAAUCAAAUGUGCCAGUUUUCGUUAGCAUUGCUGUACUUCCAGACGGAGUUGCGGGCUUCAGUGAUGAGGGUCCAGCCUUUCGACAGUCAACAUCGCCUGAGGAGGAUGUUACCACAAGAGACAAUAAAGAUCAUCUAAUUCAUGUACGAAAUUCCCUUUCACGGAGAAUAAAAUGCGACCAAGAAAAUAAAAAAUACGUUGCGAAUGCUUUGGAGCUAACGACUGAGUCAGAAGAGGUGCACGCAACACAAGAAAGAAUUAGUCGACAGGGCAUAAUUAACCUACCUCAGUCAACAACAUGA